CUCACAGGUGCUGCCUACUUCCAACCAGUCGGUGCAGACGUGCUGCUUGCUGUGCCACCGGGAGCGCAAAGACUGGGGAGGGCCAUCCCAUAAUGGGCUGGUAUCCCCAGGUGAGCGGCUGCCCCCAGACUUUGUACCAACAUUGGUGCAGAACCUUCUGGGAGAGAUGCCACUGUGGAUCUGCCAAAGUUGUAGGCAGAGUGUAGAAGAGGAAGAAAGAAGAGCAGUCCAGGAGCAGGCUCUGGCGGUCUCACUGUCACAUACGGCCUGUAAGUCACAAUCCUGCGGGGCAGGCUCCCACUCCUCUUCGUCUUCAUCAUCUUCAUCUUCGUGCCACGGGAACUCGGGAGACUGGGACCCCAGCUCCUUCCUGUCCGCGCACAAGCUCUCGGGGCUCUGGAACUCCCAGCAUGCAAAUGGGGCAGCUCAGGGGAGCUCCCUUGGGGGAACACCUGUUGUACCAGGUGACAAGCACCCCGGCCUCCCUCCGGAGUGUGUCAACCAGGCCCCUGCUGUAGGAGGUGGGCUCAAAGCCUGUCCUUACAGCCACGCGCUCACCCCAGCUCCCAGCGGCACCCCAGACUCACCUCUGCCUACCUCACUCGACUUCUGCAAAACACUUCCCAAGCAGUUCAAGAGCAUGUGUCGGAGACCCACCCCACCAGGAGAGGCCUUCCACUCCUCAGAGCACCACCGGCAUGUGGACCUCACUGCUCCACCCAACAGCCCCACAGGCCUCCCCUCGCAGCCACCGGCACUCCUUCCUGCAAAGCAGAUGCCUGCCCACGCUGGGCCCUACAGCUCUCCUCCUCACGUUCAUUUGAGCUCUUCACCGCAGGCGGCCCCAUUUCCUACACCAGCCCUUAGUCCACAUGCACCAGCCCCCAAACCAGGAGCAGAAUCCCCUCCUACAGGAUCUUGUAAGAGCCCACACUUACCCACUGCCAAUGUGCCACUGCUGAAGAUUCCACCUCCUGUAGGCUGCACCCAUCCCUGCAACGGGCACUGCAGUGGUUCCUUGGGGCCUCCUACUGCAUCACAUCAGCUACCCAGUACCAACAGGGACCCUGCCUGCAAGGGUCAUAAGUUCCCAAACGGUACAAGUUGUCAUGCACCACAGUCCUGUGAGGCAGAUGAGGGGCUUGGUGAGGAUGAGGACAGCAGCUCUGAGCGUAGCUCCUGCACCUCAUCCUCCACUACCCAGAAAGAUGGGAAAUUCUGUGACUGCUGCUACUGUGAGUUCUUUGGCCACAAUGCGCCUCCAGCUGCUCCAACAAGCCGGAACUAUGCUGAGAUCCGAGAAAAGCUGCGCUCCAGACUGACCAAGAGAAAAGAGGAACUUCCUCAAAAGCUGGGGCAUAGCAGUAGCUCGGGAGAACCAGCUGUAGACCACCGGGACGUGGAUGAGCUGCUGGAUUAUAUUAACAGCACUGAGCCGAAGCCUCUGAACAGUGCCAAGGCUGCCAAGCGUGCGCGCCACAAGCAGAAGAAGAAGGAGAAGGAAAAGGCCCAGCUAGAGGCCGAGGCUCAGAAGCGUGUGGAUCGAAGCCCACCUACAGGUCAAGAUCAGGAGCUGCCUGAAGAAAAGCUUCUGGAGUGGCCCCAGCUAGAACUGGAGCGAGUGAACAGCUUUCUGAGCAGCCGACUACAGGAGAUCAAGAACACCAUCAAGGAUUCCAUUCGCGCCAGCUUCAGUGUCUAUGACCUCAAUUUAGAUGUCAAUGACUUCCCCAAAAAAGCUGCUGUGCUGGAACAGAAGAACCUACUCUCCCACCUCAAUGGCUCUUCUGAGCUGCAAGAGAUUGACCUUGACCUAUCUCCACUCAGUCUGAAUGCACCACAUAAUCAUACAUUACUGAGAAAUGAGGUGGGUCCUCGAUGGGCUGAAAGCCCUGGAGAGGUAGUACCGCCACCAGGCUCCGAAAAUGGUGUGGUGAAAAGGCUGAAUGCUGUACCCAACCUCUCUCGCAUGAUUUGGGUUCAAUCACCCAAGCCAGCAGACUCUCCCCAAGAGAUUGGAGCUAACCAUGAAUCCAAGGAGGUAGCACCAGGCAGGGGAAUGGAAGUGCUAGAACAAGUGCCCAUCACUGGAAAGCAGAGAAAGGGUAAGCGGCAGGGCUGCUCAACAAAGAAGGGAGAAGCUAUCUCUACUAAUGAUAAUUCUGGCUCCAAGGGGAUGGGGCAGAAGAAUCCCCCCAAGGGCAACCUUUUUGAAGCCCCAAGAGGCAGUAGUAAUGCAGAGCAAGGAGAUGGUGCCAGAGGGCUGCGGCAGAGCCAGGGAUGGAGUUGCAGCGGCUCUAAGGCAGACAAAGAGAAGAGCAUCGAUGGGAAGAACCGGAGAGGUGAAGGCAGAGCUGAUCAGACUGAGCAAGAGCCUGCUCCAUCUGGGCUUGGGGACCGGCAUCUCCCCCACAUAGCCAUCCCAGAUGAUUUGCCUCAACCAAAGGGCAAAGGCAAGAAGAGUAGGAACAAAAUGGAGAAAACAAGCCCUUCCAUUGAUGAUGUGUUCCUGCCCAAAGACUUGGAUAGUGUGGAGAUGGACGAGACUGACAGAGAAGUGGAAUACUUCAAGCGGUUUUGCCUGGACUCAGCCAAGCAGACCCGACAAAAAGUGGCUGUGAACUGGACCAAUUUCACCCUGAAGAAAACCACUUCGAGUGCAGCUCAGUGAGGUGUGCGGUGCAGCCCUGGUAUAUCUGCAGGGCCCCACACCUCGCCUCCCCUCCUCCCAAACCCAUAGACAGACACUUGACCUCACUGACCCUUGGCCCUCCCCUUUCCCCCUCCCCAUGGGGCUCCCAUCCCUAGCCCAUAGGCAGGGCCUGGACAGCCCGUGUCCCUCACCUCUCAGUGUUCGACGUUCGGGGAGAUGCUGACUGAGCCGCCCCAAGCCCAGGGGCAGUCUUAUUCGGCCAAGGCCCAGCGUGGCACAGGGACCAGGCUGCACCCAAUAAAGGACUUUUUAAUUUUUUAUUUUAUUUAAAAAAUCCAUCUUCUCUGUUGUUUGUUCUGCCUUUACUGGGCCUUUGGUGCCAGGGCGCGACCCUAUUCGUGGCAGGUGUAGCAUGAUGGAACUCCCUCUGGUCUUGAGCUCUUUCUUACAUGUUGCUUCAACACUGCUGAGUUUCAUAAGGGCAACAGGUGCACCAGGAGCUCCUCUUGCCAAGGAGCAAGAGCUUGUCCUCUGCUUUGAGAACCUAGUUAUUUUCUUGCAGAAUUACAGUGGCAGAACUACUGUGUGUGAUACAGCCCUUGUCUGUUUCCAGAAAUUGCACAUGUCAUUCAGUCUGGCUAUGUUACCUUACUUCUCAGGGAAUGUUAUUCUCUCAGAUCAACAUACCAUAAAGUACAGUUUGUCACUAGGAUCCUACUAGUAGUAAUAAGAGCUAUAGUUUCAUUUCAGACAGGUAGCCCAUGGCCAAUAACAGCCAGCAUUUUUCUUUGCUGCCUGAGCAAUGCAGAUAAAGUCUGGCAAUUUUAGUCUUUUCUCCUAAUCUCCUUAGUAUUUCUCUCCUAAUAAUCAUUCUGGGUAGAUCUCUUUUCAGCAUAGGCAAUUCUCUACACUUUCUAUGUAUGAAUAGCACACAUACCUUUGUUUCUUCACAAGCACACACAACAGGAUUACCCCCAAUUGGCUGCAUCAAACAUAGCUGUGCUCUUUGCACAUGAAGAUAUAUAUGUUACUUCCUACAAAGACAUGAUAUUUACAGAGAGUCCUCAUGUACUUACUGCAGAGUAAAACUGCACACAUACUGUGUCAUAGAUUAUGUAUUUAAAAUCAAACGUGGAGUGUGACUCCAUUCUUUCUUGCUGCACUAAAAGUCCAUCAUUCUAUGAUUGUUACCCUUUUCACCUGUUUGCAAAUUCAAGCUUCUCCCUAAGGGUUUGGUUCUUGCUGCAGUAUAUCACCCAAUUCAUCUGAUACAGGUGUUCAGUAGCAAUACUAAAUGAUAGUGCAUUUUGGGUGUGACUACAGAAAUCUGAUUGCUUCUACUGUAGAUAAUCUUACAAUCCCACAGCAGAGCCCUAUUAUCUGUCAGUUCGUGUACUGGUCAAGUGAUUGUAAUAUCAAUGGUAGUGCAUCUGAAAAAAGUGCCAAUGAUGAAAUUCCUUCUAAGAUGUUUCCUAGCAAAGGUUCUCUCUUCUGCUUUUGUUUUCCCAUGGAUCUGUAGCCUAAAGAUUUGGCUUACACAUACAGUACUACAUUCUUGAGUUCUACUGGGCUUAAAUUUGCCCUUGAACAUUAUACUGAAACACACCGGUUUUUAUCACUCUAGUAAGGUAAUUGGGAUUAUCAUUUCCCCAUAUGUGGUACUGGCUACUUUACUCUGCCAAACAUAGUGUUGGUUUUUUUUUUCUUUUGUAUUAGCUGAAGCAUGAAGGGGCAAUCAUUGUUACCUGAAUGAUAUCCCUGAUUGUUUGUCACAUAUGAAUCUCUGACUCCAGCAAUGAGUAUGAUCCAUUGCUGAACUAAAUUUCUGGUGUUAGCCAGCCUCCUCCUCCUCCUCCAUCUUAGGAGUCUGAUGCCCUUCCUAUUUACCAGAGGGCAUGAGAUAUGCAACAUCAUUAUCAGCAAACUGAGUAGAUUUUCUGUUUCUUUAAAGAUGCUGUGAAAUAUUACAUUUGAAAUGAUAAGCUGUGCAGCAGCAUUCAUAGCAAAUUUCAGUGACACUAUUAUAAAAAUACCACGAUUACAUACUUGCAUUCUGAUGUUGAUGCAAGUAUAUACGUCAUGACACUUGCAUGUUGUUAACAUGUUCAUUUGUUCCCCUUGACACCUUUCUGCAGAUUCUCAUGCUGACAUGGUCAAAAAUCAACUGUGUAAUUAUAGCCUAUGAUUAGUGCCAAGGAACUGGAGUUUUGGUCAUUAAGUCACAAUACAGAAAGCUUAGAGAACUUGACUAGGGCCAAGACUAGUUGCUGACAGUGUUACGGUGAAUUGCAAUCCAUGGGUGUGCCAUGUGGUGUUUAAUCUAAAUUGCUUACUGAUAUCAGCCUCUUCUCACCCCUACCCGCUUGUCAAGAAUUCAUCUGGAUUACUGGUAGGUGCUUUACUGCAGGAGCGGGGAACAUAAUGAAUUUAUAGCACUUAGUACUGAUUCAGAGCUGAAUGUAUUCAUCGUUGCAAUGUCAGGUAAGACAAGCCAUCCUUCCAAUUCUACUGAAAAACCAAUUAUCUUU